AACAAAGUAUUUUAUACACGUUUCAUAGAUAAUUGAAUUCAAUAGGAGCUAUGAACACGGAAGAAAGGAAAGAUUGCCAAGAAAAUAAGCAAGAGAACCAGGAAGAAGUGGAAGAACGAACUGAGAUUUCGAGGAAGAUACAGCCUUGGACAAAGCAGAUCACAUUGAGAGGAGUGUUUGUAAGUAUUUUUAUUGGAAGCAUUUACAGUGUCAUAGCCAUGAAGCUGAGCCUCACUGCCGGCAUGAUUCCUCAUCUCAACGUCUCUGUUGCUCUGCUAGCCUUUAUAUUCAUCCGGACAGGGACCAAAGUUUUAAAAAAAGCUGGUAUCAUGUCAAAGCCAUUCACUCAACAAGAGAACACCAUGAUACAGACUUGUGCAGUUGCAUGUUACAGCACUGCUGUUGGAGGUGGAUUUUCUUCAUAUCUUUUGGCGUUAAACAAGAAGACAUAUGAAUUAUCAGGAGUAGACACUGAGGGGAACUCUCCAAGGGCUGUCAAGGAACCAGGGUUUGGGUGGAUGACUGCCUUCCUUUUCACAAUCUGUUUUGUUGGGCUUUUUGUCUUAAUUCCCCUCAGAAAGGCCUUGAUUGUGGAUCUUAAAUUAACAUAUCCAACCGGCAUGGCAACUGCAGUUCUUAUCAAAGGUUUCCACAACCAGGGGGACAAUAUGGCCAAGAAACAAGUGCGAGCAUUCACUAAGUACUUUUCCAUCAGUUUCUUAUGGGGAUUUUUCCAGUGGUUUUUCUCAGGAAAAGAGGGAUGUGGUUUCUCACAGUUUCCCACCUUCGGAUUGCAAGCAUGGAAACAGACGUUCUUCUUCGACUUUAACAUGACAUACAUUGGAGCAGGGAUGAUCUGUUCUCACCUUGUGAACUUAUCUUUGCUUUUUGGAGCUGUGCUUUCUUAUGGACUAAUGUGGCCACUCAUUGGUCGGCUUAAAGGAGAUUGGUUUCCUGAGAACUUACAGGAAAGCAGCAUGAAAGGCUUAUAUGGUUAUAAGGCGUUUGUAUCCGUUGCUCUGAUUCUGGGGGAUGGGCUGUACAAUUUCCUUAAGAUACUUUGCUUUACUCUUAUUAACAUCUAUGGCAGGUCGAAGAACAAAAAUCUCAAGACAGACAUGGAUGUCCAGAAGAAGACAGAGGAGGGUAAGGAUCUGAAACAGAAUGAAGUCUUCCUCCGAGAGAACAUCCCCAUGUGGAUAAGCGUAGUUGGAUAUAUAAUUUUCUCCAUCACGUCAAUCAUUUUCAUCCCACUCAUGUUCCCUCAGCUCAAAUGGUACUAUGUCGUUGUGGCUUACAUUCUAGCUCCAUCUCUGGCAUUCUGCAAUUCCUAUGGAGCUGGUCUCACAGAUAUGAACAUGGGGUAUAACUAUGGGAAAGUCGCCCUAUUUGUGCUAGGGGCAUUGUCUGGAAAAGAGAACGGUAUUGUUGCAGGGCUUGUUGGGUGUGGUCUCAUCAAAUCUGUUGUCACAGUUUCCUGCAUUCUGAUGCAAGAUUUUAGAACAGCUCAUCACACUCUUACCUCCCCAAGGGCGAUGAUCCUAAGCCAGGCCAUAGGGACGGCUAUUGGCUGUGUGAUGGGUCCUCUAAGCUUCUUCCUAUUCUACAAGGCGUUUGAUGUUGGAAACCCCAGUGGAAAUUUUGAAGCCCCCUAUGCCUUGAUCUACAGAAACAUGGCGAUUUUGAGUGUACAGGGCUUCUCAGCUCUUCCUCACCACUGCUUGCAGCUGUGUUACGGCUUCUUUGCCUUUGCAGUGGCGGUCAAUCUGGUGAGAGAUUUUAGUCCACAUAAAAUGGGGAAAUGGAUGCCACUGCCAAUGGCAAUGGCUUUGCCAUUUCUAGUUGGGGCAUACCUUGCAAUAGAUAUGUGCGUAGGGACUUUGGUUGUGUUUGUGUGGCACAAGCUCAACACCAGGAAGGCUGAGCUAAUGGUUCCCACAGUUGCUUCUGGUCUAAUAUGUGGAGAAGGGCUCUGGAUUCUCCCUGCCGCCAUCCUUGCUCUGGCAAAAAUUAAUCCUCCUAUUUGCAUGAAAUUCGUGCCUUCCUAAAGAAACCAUUUUAGGAUGGGAACAAACACAAACUUGGGCAGGGUUCAUACGAUGUUGAAGAAUCGACAUAUCUCAAUCAAACCAUUGAUAACUUAGCAUAAUAGUUAUGAGGUAGACUGAAUAAGUUUUCUCUAAAAAAAUGAAAAUAAGAAUAAGAAAAAGAAAAAGAGCACAUAUUC